GCCCCGAUCGGGAAGUGAAUUUACGGAAAAUAGAAAAGGGGAGCGAGAAUGAGACAAGAGAGAGAGAGAUCGGAGCCAGAGGGAGACUGACAGUGAUCGCAGCUGCUUUGGAUUCUUGUUAAAAAAAUACCAGAAUCUCGAGAACAGACAGAUCAGGAAGGAUGCUCAUCAAAGAGUUUCGAGUGGUGCUGCCCAUUUCUGUGGAGGAGUACCAAGUGGGCCAGCUGUACUCUGUGGCGGAGGCCAGUAAGAACGAGACGGGUGGUGGCGAGGGGGUGGAGGUGCUGAAGAACGAGCCGUACGAGAAGGACGGGGAGAAAGGCCAGUACACACACAAGAUCUACCACCUGCAGAGCAAAGUGCCGUCGUUUGUGCGAAUGUUGGCGCCAUCAUCUGCCCUCAACAUUCACGAGAAGGCUUGGAACGCGUACCCGUACUGCCGGACCGUGAUCACUAACGAAUACAUGAAAGACAACUUCCUGAUUAAGAUCGAGACGUGGCACAAGCCCGACAUGGGACAGCAGGAGAACGUUCAUGGCCUGGACCCAGACACCUGGAAAAAAGUAGAUGUGGUUUACAUCGACAUUGCAGACAGGAGCCAGGUAGAGCCAAAGGACUACAAGCCAGAGGAAGACCCCUCCCAGUUCAAGUCCAUAAAGACUGGCCGAGGACCCCUUGGGCCUGACUGGAAGAAAGAGCUUCCCAAGAAAUCAGACUGCCCACAUAUGUGUGCCUACAAGUUGGUUACUGUAAAAUUUAAGUGGUGGGGCUUGCAGAACAAGGUUGAGAACUUUAUCCAGAAGCAAGAGAAGCGCUUGUUCACCAAUUUCCACCGGCAGCUUUUUUGUUGGAUUGACAAGUGGAUUGAGCUGACGAUGGAGGACAUCCGGCGCAUGGAGGAGGAGACCAGGAGGGAGCUCGAUGAGAUGCGGGUGAAGGACCCAGUGAAGGGGAUGGUGGCCUUGGAAGACUGAGGCCACGUGCAUGGUGUCUGCAGCUGCUUGUUCUGGUACAGAUCUGUGACCCAAACACCAGCGGCUCCGCCUACUCCAGUUUCAUUGGCACAACUUAUCUGUGAACUUGGUCCAGUCCACUAACCCCCUCUUUUGUCUCCUGCUUGGUAUAGCUCGUUCUGAGCUGUGUCUGCCAGUAAAGGAGACUCGCCCUAGGCAUUUGUAAAAUGAGCGUGAAAUUACUGCUAACCAAACAGAACCAGGUAGAGGACCACUAACUACUGGUGGUUAUGACUUGUGCUGUGUGUAACCAGCACUAGUUCCAGAACUGGAAGCAGAACAAGUCGUUCAAUACAGAAAACUGAGACAAUAAAAUUAGGCUAUUUUUCUUUAAAGUAAUACUAAUAUACAUAGUAUUACAGAUCUAUAUAAAAUAUAAAUUAUUCAAAGAAAUGUGAAAGAGUUUUUAAUGACUUAUCGGUACUGUACUUUCCUCCUCUGCGUGUUUAGGACCAAGCCGAACAUUACUAAUGUUUAUUUCUGAUUGUCUGGUGGUGUUUAUUCAGUAAUUUUCAGUUUUCACUGGUGAUACUCAUAGUUUGCCUCCCCUCCCCCCCCCCACCCCAUAAUCCUGUUUGACUUCUUGUGGAAUCUCAAGUUUGUAAGUUGUUUUGGUUUUUCCUGUCAGAAAAAUACUCCCGUGUUUGUCCGAGUGUCCCUGCCCUCCUCCUCAUUCGCUAUCCCUCUCUUUGCUCUUCGGAAAGGAUUAUCUUUGGUCCAGUGAAUGAGGCUGGUAACCAGUGAUCUUGUGACAAGUGCAACCGCUGUGGAUGGGAACAGAAAGACUCUGUGUGUCCUGUAGGUCACACCGACAGGAGCUAAUGGUAUACUACAAGGCUCCAGUAACCAUACUGAAACUAUACCAACCACUACUGUUUGCCGUGUUUCAUUGACCUGUGCUGUAUUACUUGCUACAGGGUUUCAAGUAUCUCAGUAUUAACGAAAUACUUAUUUUUAGAUUUUUUUUCUCGUUUGGAUGUACUGCUGACUGGAUUUGUAUGUGUAGAUGUACACUUUAGAGUAUGUAUUUGGUCCUCUUUUCAAAAACCGCUGCAGUUAGACAGAUUGCCUUGAAAAUUUCCAUCCAUCCAUUUAUGCAACCUGACUGGUGGUGAACCGUAAACAUCCCAGGAAGCUUAGGGCGACUUAGGGUUCAUCCUGAACAAGAUGCCAGUCCAUGACAGGGCACGCAUGCAUACGCAAGGGCAACUGAGAGUCUCCAGUAAAUAUGCAUUGCAUGUCUGAGGAGUAUGGCUGGAAAACCAAGGCUAACACAGGGGGGGGGAACAUGCAAAAUCUGAACAAACAGAGCUGGGGCCAGACUGGAAGCCACAAUGCUGACGGUGUGAGGGAACAACGCUUACUGCUAAGCUGCUGUGCACCCAUUGCUUUGUUCAUCAUCCACCGCUAUGUUCGCACUUCAUUUACACGCCCCUCUCAUUUCCAUAGCAAGGGCAGUAAUAUUACUGCAGCUUGUUCGUCUUUCUUAAAAGAAUCUAUCAAUUGUGUCACUCUAGUCUGUCGAGCCCAUGUGCUGAAAAGCACCGAACCAAAAGGCCUUUUGUUCAUCACUGACAACGCGUGUCCCAUCUAAGACUCACACCAGAGAGACAUCAAAGUUUUGCCAUUCGAGACAACCUGCCAUAGGGUCCGUCCUCAACUGUGUAUUUGGAGCGCUAUCUUACCUUUUAAACAGGUGCAUUUCCAGAAUGAUAAUAUAGAAGUGAUGUACAUUACCUGGUUAUAGUUCCUCUCCAGUCUGGAGCUCCUUAGUUAUGCCUAGUUUAUUGGGCUGCAACUGUCUACCUUUGUUCCUGCUGCCUGGGUUUUUAAGGAAAUCGAGGAUUUCCAGCCGACAGGCAGUUAAUAUGGAUCUGCAACAGGACGAUAUGAAUACGCAAUAAUCCAUAGUGCAACCCCUUUACCCUUUGAGUCAACUGACGUCUACAGGAUUAGAUAGCUGCACGGUUAUGUUUUUACAGGAGAAUCAGGAGCAGGAGCUUUAGCAUAGAUAGGAAGCAGAAUCUUUAGUGUCCCUACAUGCAAGGAAGUAGAAGCCUUUCUCCAAACAUCAGCAAUAAGUCAUACUCUCCUAUAGAUCGAAGUGUCCGAAAGUUCAGCGACCGAGCCUCUCCCAUGUCAUCAUGUCCUCACACACGAACUUACCAUUUACAUUUGCUGUUUGAGUGGGUGUGUUUCCUGUCGACCACAUGUUAUCGGUGGAUGAUGGGAUGGCUGCAGUCUGGGUUUUCUUCCUCCGCCUUCAGCCCAGUUCUGUAAAAAUCUAUUAGCAAUACUGCACUGCGUUGUCACUAGUUUACCCUGUCCCUCUCGCGUCUUACACUGUUAUAAAGAGUAGAAAAUCUAUUUCUGUAACGUAUGGAUUCUUUAUUAAAAUCUUAUAAUGGAGAAGUAUAUACUGAACUGUACAUAGUAUAUAAAUAUCUGUAGAUGAACACAUAUAUAGGUGAUAGCAUCCUGCCAAAAUAACAGCAAACCUGAGUCCUCCCCUUCAUUGCAGCAGUGACCACACUGAGAGAAUUCACUCAGAUCCUCCGAUGUGAUCGCGGCUCCCCAGCGGUCUUGCUCUCACCUGAAGUGAUCUCCGCCAGUGGAAUUUUGGCAGGACAGUCUAUAAAUAUAUUUUUGUUCUGAACGUUGUAUCAAUGUCAUCAAGUCUCGGAACCAUUCAGACCCAUUCGCACAAAGGCAGCUUUUAUGAAAGCCCGUGACGCCCUGUCCCAAAGUGAACUUCCCUGAUCAAUAAACCAGAAGCAGGAGGCAGAUCCGAGAAGCUCAAACGGAGAGCUUCACUUUCUGCCUGCCCAACUUCAUCGGAGAAGAUAACCCCUUUCCAUGACGAUCUGUGUAGCAGGGCACACUUGUACAAAAAAAUUAAAUAACAGAUGAAUGGUUCAGAAGAUUAUUCCAUAGAUUGUGUUGUUAGACUCUUCGCUCUGUAGGUAGGAUGACCAAUUCAAGAUUUCAAAAUUUCAAACUGUAUUUUUUAAUUUUGUUUUCUUGUCAUUUUUUCCUUUUUUUUUAUUUUACUGUGAAUUUGUGCCUUUUGUCAUUCUAUCUUCCAAUAAAAGUAUAUUGGAGACAUGAAAAUAAAUAAAUCCAAAUGA